AUGUCAUCAGCGAAGACCGCCGGCCCCGAGGGCAACAAGCUCUUCACGCGCGAGCAUCUCUUCGACCUGUCCGAAAAGGUCGCGCUCGUCACAGGCGGCGGCACGGGCAUCGGCCUCAUGGCCACGCAAGCACUGUCCGCCAACGGCGCCAAGGUGUACAUCACCGGCCGCACCCAGGAGAAGCUCGACAACGUCGUCAAGACCUACGGCCAAAAUAUCCGCGGCGAAAUCAUUGGCAUCCGCGCCGAUGUCUCGGACAAGGAGAGCAUCAAGGAGCUAGUCAAGGAGCUUGAAACGCGCGAAAAGUGCAUCUGCAUCCUCGUCAACAAUGCCGGCAUUAGUUCCAACUCGUUCGAAGUUGAGGCCGACUCGGGCAAAGAGAUGAAGAGCAAGCUCUUCGAUGACAAGGCCGCUGGCUUUGAAGACUGGCUAUCGUCGUACCAGACAAACGUGCCCUCCGGCUACUUCCUGUCGACGUCACUGCUGCCGCUGCUGGAGAAGUCGACCGAGACGCACCCCGGCUGGUCGAGCACCAUCAUCAACAUUACCAGCAUCAGCGGUAUGAUCCAAAAGUCCCAACACCACUUUGCCUACAACGCCUCCAAGGCUGCCGCCAUUCAUGUCAGCCGCAUGCUGGCGCACGAACUCUCCCAGAACAGCGUCAAGGUCCGCGUCAACAGUCUGGCGCCCGGCGUCUUCCCCAGCGAAAUGACGACUGGCGACAGCGCCGACGACGCCCAAAAGAGCCAGAUCCCCAAGGAGAAGUACGAGGCCAAGGUGCCUGCGGCGCGUCCCGGCAAGGAUGAGGACAUGGCGGGUGCCAUCCUCUUCUUCGCCACGAAUCAGUACCUCAACGGCCAGAACGUGGCCGUCGACGGAGGAUAUACCUUGCAAGCCGGUCUCUAG